UCUAUAUUAUCCUCCUGAGCUCUUGCUCAUUAUUCAUUUCUCGUUCACCUUCUCUCUCGAUCGCCGCCACUUCCCGCGAUAACAAUCUCUCUCUCAGGAUGACUGAAGUCACUGAACAACCUUUCAGGCCCAGGGAGAAGCUUCAGCAGUAUCAGCAGAUUUUUCAGAACACCCAUAAGCAUACAUACCUGAAAGGACGUUUUGAUAGGAUAACAUCUGUGGCUAUCCCCCUUGCACUGGCAGGAUCCACCUUGUUCCUCAUUGGACGCGGGAUCUACAACAUGUCUCAUGGUAUUGGGAAGAAGGAAUAAGAAUACUUCUUAUUGCAACUUAGUGAAUGAUUUUACAUUUUAGUUUCUGACAUGAGAUGGAUUGGGACCUGGCUACAUCUGUAGUUAUUUGGUUCAAAAUAAUAUUGUAUCCACAAGCUGCCACUAUUACUGGAUUUGUGCAUUUGUUUCUUCAGCUUCCAUAACAUUUAUGAAUGCUGUGCAAAUUUGUUGAAAUUUGAGUUUUUUUUGUUUCUUCAGUUGCUGACUAUCAUUUAUGUGUGUUUAGGUUAUGCAUGGAGAUUUUCAAUGGUAGAUGUAUUAGUUGUUCCUUGACAAUUGUGAAUGACUUAGGGUUGAAAAUUAUGUGGAGCAUAUUGUUCACGAUAA